CAGUGUCAAUGUUGUCAUUAGUUGUAAAAUUAAAAAUAAACAGCGGCUGCUAUUGUAGUAAUUUCUUCUCCCGAGCAGGCAGCGGUGAUCCUAAGUUAAUAAGAAUAAAGAAGAAACCAUGAGCGAAUCAUUGGCAGAACCACUGAAGCCUAAAAUAAAACAUGAUUGGUACCAAACAGAUUCUCUCGUGGUUGUGACGAUACUACUAAAGAAUGCGUCCAGUGACAAAGUGAAGGUACACUAUGGAGAUCGAAGUCUUUCGGUCUCAAGUGUUAUACCAGAUUCUGAUUCAGAAUAUAGCCUAGAGCUAGAACUGGCACAUGAAAUAGUUCCGUCGAUGUGCGUACAUGUCGUUACACCCUCCAAGAUUGAGGUGAAAUUAAAGAAAAAGGAUGGACUGAGGUGGAAUCUUCUGGAAGGUCAAGGUCAAGAGGAGAAGAUUAAGGCCAUACCACAGGCUGUCUUAGAUGCUUCAGGCCCCAUGAAGCCACCAAAACUCUUCAAAAAGGAUUGGGAUAAAAUUGAGAAAGAUAUUAAAAAAAUGGAAGAAGAAGAGAAGCCGGAAGGUGAGGCUGCGUUAAACGCCCUCUUUCAGAAGAUAUACGGGGAGGGAUCCGAUGAAGUUAGACGCGCAAUGAAUAAGAGUUUUGUGGAGUCAGGUGGGACGGUGCUCAGCACAAAUUGGAACCAAGUUGCAAGCGAGAAGGUAGAAGUGAAGCCACCAGAUGGCCUUGAAUUCAAGAAAUGGGACAACUAGACAGACAAUUAAUUAUAAUAUUUAUUAUAUAAUAUUACUACAAAACCAAUUAUAUAGAUACCUAACGACAUGAACAAUAGAAUUUGUAAAAUUUUUUUUUUAAAGAAAGUGUUGUGUAAUUGCAUAAUGUCAAAGUUAUUUUUUGUUCUAUUUAACCAUUAUAUUCUUUUUUUAGAGGCUUUUUUUGUAAGAACUCGAGACUCACUACAGGUCUUGAAAUGUCUGUCGCGCUGGGCCCCCCUUGCAUCAGGGCAUGGCAUGACGUAUAGUCCGGGAGGUAGCCUUGCAUUUUAGGUAGUUUUUUUACGCCGAUCGAUUGCCGUCAUUUUCAUUAGAUGUCGAAUGACUAAUAAGUUGAACAAACUUUACAUUCAAAGAAAGUCAUUGUUUUAGGUAUUUCACAAUGAAAAGCAAUAUUUCCAGACGAUUGUUUUAAUUUUCUUUAAUAAAUAUAAAAAUAUAAACUAAUUUCUUCUACAUAAUUCCUAUUGUGUCCAAACUUUAUCAUUUUUUUUAUUUUGACAUUACAAAAACUUUUUACUUUAACAUAAGUGAACCAAGCGUCAGCUGACGCACUCGCGGUGGGCAUGGGCUUGGAGGGUUGCAGAAGUGGUGAAAUAAAUAAUAAGUAAAAGUAUGCCAGCUGAAACGUUUUUCAUAAAAACUUAUAUCAAUCAGCUGAAAAAAAAUUUACGUCAUUGCUCGCAUGAAUUUGUAAAAAAAAGGUAAAAUAAAUUUAUAUGAAAUUGAAUUCGGUGAUUGUUUAAAUAUUUAAAUUAAAUUAGCUGCAUCUGUAGCGAUUGUAAGACCCUCAGCUGACGCAGCAAAGAUACAGAUUAUUCGAGAAAUUCGAUUUUUUUUUUUCUUGUUUUAUUUUAUAUGUAUGAAUGAUAUGCAAAAUACGAAAUACAGAGUUUAAAAUUAAAAUAAACUAAUGUAUAGGUAACACAAAAAUAAUAAUAAUAUCCUGUAGUAAAUAGUAACCUGAUUCUCUGAUGAAUCGUCUCCAGAACUGUCUUGUAGGUCGUUCUCUUCGUAUUUUUCAGUUUCUUAAGCUCGAUCCUCUUCACCAUCACCUGGAAAUGAACAAGCUUAUCAUCAAAAUUAUGUUUUAAAAAAUAUCCACGCUCAAAUGUCACCGACAAAAAGACCAGGCUCAAACAGUACCAGAAUCUAUCUCCAAAUAUGUGUUUAAAAGGAAACUUACUAGCAAUUCCAUAUAUUUUAUCUUUAUGCCUCAGCCGACGGUCUUUCCCACGCAGCUGGUCGUUGUUAUCGUACUUGUAGUUAUUUAAGCAAUGACCCAGUUGAAUUUUAUCUGGCGUACUAUAACCGUCGAUCACUAGGUUAUAUUAGUGAUAUUAGACUAUAACUUUAUUUUACAUAUUUUUUAUAAACAUUCAUUCGAGCAGCUGACGCAUGGCCUCCACGAUGCAGCUGACGACUUUGUUUCAGCACACUGUUUUGUUAACUUUUCAUGAAAAAAGUUUCAACUGGCAUGCUAUCAUUACAGCCACACCCAUCGCUACUUGGACAGCUGACGCUCGGUUCGCUUAUUAGUCACAUAAGAUCCACUAUCGAUGUCAAUAUGACGUUUGUAUGCUACCUCCUGGACUAGAAUCGUUUCUUAUCUAUUAAUGAGGAGACGUUUGUAUCGAGUUUGGUAGGUUUCAUUAUAUAAUAUAAUCAUUUAUUUUCACUUGCUUUAAAUUUAGAUUAUUGUCGUGACAAGCAUGAGUUUCAUGUUCGUAUAUAGCAGACUUGGUAAAAAUGUAAUCAAAUUAAUGAUUAAUGUUUACGACUAUAAUAUGUUAUUAUCAAUUACGGUUACAAUACAACGAAAAUAAUCGAAAAAAUAAAGUGAUUGAGUAAGUCAAGUAAGUCCUACAGAACAUCUCCUCCCUCUUCAGAAUCAAUCAAAGUUAAUCUUUAAUCGUGAUUGAUGAUUAUACGUUGUUAUCGUAAUCUGAUUAUAUUUUUCCCAACUCCUAAAUAUAGUAACCGGGCUUAAUUAUGUUUUUAGAAGAUGGAAACCUAUGAUUGCAUUAAAGAUAUUAGCGAGACAAAAUCAUUUAACUAAGGAUUAAGCGAUUAAUAUGUAACCUUGUCCAAUGUCCAAAAAGACUACAGCCAAUGAACUGUUAUAUAUUAUGCAUAUAAGUUAAUAAUAAAGAUUAUGAAUGCGA